GGAUUGUGUCUCUUAUCCAACGUGCACCUAUUGAUGAAGUUCGAGCGGCGAAAGUCACUCCCGAUGAUGUCUACCUUUUCCAAACGGGCAUGUCCUCCAUUUAUAGUGUACAUCGCUAUCUUCUCUCUUCAUCACGUUCCGGAUCUACGGUGCUUUUCGGCUUCUCUUUCCACUCCACCUUUCAUGUCUUCGAAGACUAUGGUCCCGGCUUCAAGCUCAUCGAUAGUAGAACAUCGGAGAAUCUAUUCGAACUCGAGAGAUUCCUUGAAUCCGAGAAAGAAGCUGGCCGCUUCAUUCAAGCCGUCUGGACCGAGUUUCCCUCCAACCCAGCCCUCACCGUGCCCGACCUAGUGCACCUCCGCAAGCUAGCCGACGUAUACGGUUUUAUCCUCGCUGUCGACGACACCAUCGCCUCCUUCUGCAACGUCGACCUCCUAAGCACUGCCGACGUCCUCGUAUCUUCCCUCACAAAAUCCUUCUCCGGCUAUGCAAACGUCAUGGGUGCCUCCGCUGUCCUCAACCCCUCCUCACAUAAAUAUACCUUCUUGAAAGACCUCUUCUCCUCAAACUACCAAAAUGACCUCUACACCGCCGACGCCGAUGUCCUUGGAAACAACAGCCGCGACUACCUCUCUCGCUCCGCGAUCCUCAACGCAAACGCCGAGAAUCUCGCAACCUACCUAGUCGCCCGCUCCCAGCUACCCAACUCUGGCAUCAGCCGCGUGCUCUACCCUUCCACCAUCCCAUCCAUCGUGAACUUCACGCCGCACCUCCGCCGUAAGACUCCGGAUUUCACUCCCGGGUAUGGGUGUUUGCUGAGUGUGGAGUUCAAGACGAUCGAGAGCACUAUUGCAUUCUAUGACAAUUUGCAUGUGCAUCAGGGACCGCAUCUUGGCGCGCAUUUGACGCUUGCGCUGCCAUAUGUUAGAGGGUUGCAUGCGAAGGAGUUGGAUAAGGUGGAGGAGUUUGGGUGCUUGCCGACGCAAGUGAGGGUUAGUGUGGGGUUGGAGGAUGGGGAGGUGUUGAGGGAAACUUUUGGGAGGGCGGUCGAGUUUGGAGAUGAGGCGUUUAAGAAGGAAGGGGGGAAGUAGUAGGAACUUUCUUUCCGCUGGUGAGAGGCGUGAAGCCUGGGGUGAUAGACUUCCAAACUGGAAUUAUUGGGGCACAGGAUCACUGCCACUGAUGGGGUAUGAGGAAGUGAUUAGAUAUGUAUCGGCAUUGUAUCCCGCUAUCUUUCUUUUUC